AUGAUGCGAGCCGCUUCGUCGCCGAUGGAGCCUCUGAACAAGAAUAUAUUACUGGCAGGGGAAGUAAUUGCCGAAAAGUGGAAAAUUGGAGAAAAGAUUGGAGAGGGUACAUUUAGUCAGAUUUACUCUGCGUACUCGAUCGAGAGUCGAGAUAAAGUUGCAGUGAAGGUAGAAGCACCAAGUUCUCUCAAGCCAGUGCUCGAGUGGGAGAGUUUAAUCCUCAAAAGCCUUCAGGAUUGUUCGUACGUGUGCAGAUACUACUAUCAUGGCAAACAUGGGGACAGCACAGUAUUGGUAAUGGAGCUACUAGGAGACAGCAUGUCGAUGCUGAGAAUGUCACCUGAUUCAAUCCAUGGAGUGCCACUGGCCAAGUCUGUUUCGGUUGGAUUGGAAAUGCUCGAUUGCAUUGAAGCGUUCCAUCGACAUGGAUACGUGCAUCGCGAUAUCAAGGCGUCAAACUUUGCUUUGAAUGCUCUUCCGGAUCGUAAUCCGCUGAGGCAGCAGCGAUACUAUAUUAUUGACUUUGGACUGUCGAGACAGCACAUUGGAGAAGAUCGACAGGUGCUGCCGGCGCGUUCAGUUGCUGAGUUUCGAGGCACUUCCAUGUAUGCGUCGUUGAGCUCGCACCGUCGACAGGAGUUAGGUCCAAAGGAUGACCUAUGGUCGUGGUUUUAUCUUGUAAUGGACUUCAUGCGCGGUGAGUUGCCCUGGGCUGCUGAUGCACAGCUGAAAAACCGCCAAACUGUUUUGAGGCUCAAAGAACACUACACGGAAAUAAAUCCAAGUUUGUUGGUGGAGGGCCUACCAGGUGCCAUGCAAUUACUGGAGAUGAUGGACUAUCUGCAGUCGCUCAAGUAUGAAGACUUUCCGGAUUACGCAAAAAUUCGUAAGCAACUCGGAGCGGUUGGAGGAAGCUCUUUGGUUUUGGACAACAGUGACAGCGGCGACGAGGAAUCAAGCGCUGAUAAAAAGGAAAAACAGGCGAUGGCGGCUGUAUCUUUGAUCGAUUGGUGCGCCAUUGAAUCCGAGCGCGAGCGGGCGCUGGCAUGGGUCGAUAAAGCAGAGGAACUGAAGCAUAGCGAUGAAGCGUCGGACGCGCUGCUGAAAAUUGCUAAGCGAUACAAAACGUUUUUCGACUGCGAUGGGCUAUUAUUUGACGAACAGGUGCGGAUACAGAGUGCAGUCUAUCGUAUAGAGAAGAAGUCGCGCGCACGUUCUAGCUUUUUUCUAGCCCCUCCGCCCAUUCAAAGCUUUAUGAAGCGUCGUCAGUCCGAGCAGAAAAUGCGGUCUGAUGCAUUGCGGAAGCGCCGGGAGAAAGACUUUCAGGUGCGUCAGUCUUUGGAGAUUAAAAAUGAAGAACGAAUGGCCCUGGCUGCCUCUAUCCAGGCCUCUAGCGAAGCUGUGAACGGAAUUACAAGCGGAGAUGGAGCCUCCGAGGCGCAGAAUGGAGCCAAGUCUGGCUCACUCCGGCCACUAAAAUCGGAAAGCUCCAUGGAAGUUUCUGACAAUGAGGAUGUUGAAAAGAGGCGAAAUGGGUAUUCUGCAGGUAAAGGAGCCACCAUUUCUGCUUCUCAACCUCAAACUUCGCUUGUGGAAGUACGACCUCCUGCGGUAGGAUCAGGAUUAAUGCCUCCUACUCAGCCUUCGCACGUAGUGCCUCCGACAGCCUCAGGACCUCACGGCGAAGCAAUCCCGCGACCACCUCCCCCUCCACGGAUUCUCUCUUCAGCACAGCGUUCUGGUGCGUUUGGACACCGUCCGCCUCCUCCCCCUCCACUUACAGUGCGGUAUCCCGCGCAACGUGAAAUUCCUCAUCCGCCUGUAGGGUACCAGGCUAAUGGCGUACCGAUGUCCCACCCGGCGCCACCACCUCCGCACGGCACUAUUCCUGCGCUCCAAUACGGUUCAGAGCCUGACCAACGCUAUGGCGCCCCAGUGGAGGCGAGAGAAGAUAACUUGAUGGGACACCAGUGGCCCCAGAAGUCUCCGCGAGAGAAAACGGUCUAUUCAUCGGUCCGGCAACAUAUGUUAGAAACAAGGGAAGAUCGCGGAUACGGCUCUCCGAGAAUCAAACAGUCCGUUCGAGACCCAGUGCAUGAUCAACGCUAUGACGGCCCAAGGGAAACUAGAGAAGAUCGUGGCUACAGCAAUUAUCAACGAUCUCGAAAAUCUCCACCAUAUUCUGAUCGCCGCUACGAUGUUAGAACGGAAAGUAGAGAAGAUCGUGGCUACACCAAUUAUCACCGAUCCCCACGAGAGACCAACGCUUCUACGCUUGGCUCACACUACAGCGCCCCGACAGAAGAUCGUGGAUAUGGGGUGCAGUUACCCGCGAAACCUCAAAACUUACCGAGAAGGAAUCACGAACAAUAUCAGUCAGGGAGCUCGCGUGGUCAUACCCAAGAGAAAGAGCGCUAUUACAAAGGCAAGCAGUCGCGGUCACGAUCACGGUCGCGCUCUCGCUCACGGUCGUCACGAUGUGAACGACGUCAGUCUCGACGUCGUUCUUACUCUCGCUCAUCGUCUCGCUCUCGCUCACGGUCGUAUUCUGUUUCUCUUUCGCGGUCGCCAUCCCGAUCGCUAUCGCCACGUAGUCGCUCGCAUCACCGCAACGAUCACGUCUAUGGUGAUCGUCGUCAUGAAACAAGAAAGAUGGAACCUCAGAGAGAGCACUCACGCAGACAACGCUCCCGAUCACGUAGCAGUUCGAGAUCGUUUAGUUCCCGGUCAGCGUCUGCUUCGCCGCCGGCCAAGGAUUACCACCAACGAUCGGCAAACCUCAGCCAUUUGGAGUCUCCACACCGACACACUUUGCAUUCAACGUCACGUCAUCGUGCUCGCUUGAAGGAAUACCCGACAGAGUACUUAGAGAGCCACCCAAAGGAAUAUGCAAACGAUUAUCGGAAGGAGUAUACGAAGGGUUAUUCGAAAGGGCUUGCGAAGGACUAUGAGUACGCGAAGGACUAUCCGAAGGAGUAUGCGAAGGAAUACUCAAAGGAAUACGUGACAGACUACCCUAAGAAGUACUUCUCAAAGGACAACCCGAAAGAGCAUAUGAAAGACUACCACCGCCAUUCGCCCUCGCCUGAUUGCCGACAAUCGCAUUCCCGAGAUCCACAUUAUCGGCGCUCGCCUUCGCAGGAUCGGCAUCGGUCCCACUCACGAGACGACGGACGAGAGGAUGAGUCUCGGGGCGUGAACAUUCGUUAUAAGCCAGCUCCGACUCCCGAAAAGCAUCGCCGAUCCUCCCGAUGGGAACCAAGGCCAUAA